UAAGGCGGAGGUGGACCGAGCCAAGGAGCAGGAGGAGCGGCGGGGCGCAGCCGCUGGGGUCCGAGCAGCUGCCGCCGAGGCGGCCGGGCGCAGGUGCAGCCAGGGGAAUGUCGUGCUACCUCAAAUCGCGAAGUUGCCCGGAUCCAGGUCCCAUCUACGUCAGGGAAAAUGGGCGUCUCCACAUGGUAAGCCUGGCCCUGGAUGGUGUCAGGGGCAGCUUACGGGAACCAAGGCCUUUGAGGCUGUUUCCCAAAGGCUUCUCCGUGGAGCUGUGCAUGAACCGGGAAGAUGACGCGGCCAGGAAGGAGAAGACGGACCACUUCAUCUUCACCUACACGCGGGAGGGCAACCUCCGCUACUCCGCCAAGUCCCUCUUCAGCCUCGUGCUGGGCUUCAUCUCCGACAACGUGGACCACAUCGACUCGCUCAUCGGCUUCCCCGAGCAGAUCGCCGAGAAGCUCUUCUCGGCCGCGGAGGCGCGGCACAAGUUCGCGGAGCCCGGCGCGGGGCUGCGCGCCCUACAGAAGUUCACGGAGGCCUACGGGCGUCUGGUGCUCUGCUCGCUCUGCCUUCGGAACAGGUACCUGGUGAUUUCGGAAAAGCUCGAGGAGAUCAAGUCUUUCCGGGAGCUGACCUGCCUGGACCUCUCUUGCUGUAAGCUCGGAGAUGAGCAUGAGCUCCUGGAGCACCUCACCAACGAGGCCCUGUCCAGUGUGACGCAGCUCCAUCUGAAGGACAACUGCCUCUCCGAUGCCGGGCUCCGGCGAAUGACGGCUCCUGUUCGGGUCAUGAGAAGAGGGCUGGAGAACCUCGCCUUGCUCGACUUGUCCUGUAAUCCGGAGAUCACCGACGCGGGAAUCGGCUACCUCUUGUCCUUCCGGAAGCUGAACUGUCUGGACAUCUCGGGGACAGGCCUGCAGGACGUGAAGGCCGUCAUGCACAAGCUGCAGACCCACAUCGGCCUCGUUCACUCCAAAGUGCCUCUGAAAGAGUUUGACCACAGCAGCUGCAAGACGGAGGGCUGGGCAGACCAGAUCGUCCUGCAGUGGGAGCGUGUGAUCUCCGGAGCCGUCGCAGGCCAGGACAAGCCCCGGACGGCGGCGUCGCGCUUCUAUGGAAAGCGGCCCCGGACAGAAGCCCCCGCCAAGUGUCCCUUAGCAGACCCCCACCUGAACUCUGGCGAGAAACUCCAGUUCUAUAAAGAGAAGGCAACAGAAGGCCACGGGCUGUCGCUAAAGCGGGAGGCAGCCGCGAGCCAGGAGCCCAAGAGCGCCAAGAAGAGAGCGCUGGAGGAGCCCGAGACGGCCGCGCCGAGCUCCUCGCCACCGUCCCGGCAGAAGUACGUCUGCCUCAGCGUGGAGGACUGGGACUUGCUGAAUUCCUACUGAGGGAAGGUCGUGGGGCACCAGGGGACUGGCCAUGUUGGCCUUUAGGGGUGGGAUUGGGCCACGGCCCGCUCGAGGGAGCCGCGAUGGGGGGCGCUCGCAUCUGGGCCGUGAGGAGGCCAGCCUUUCUACAGUAUAUUUUCAAUACAUAGUAAUUUUUUCCAAUAAACUUUUUUGCUGUUGUUA